GUUCUUGAUUCACACUUUAAAUGCGAAAAGCGCGGAAAAUUCAUUCAUAAAAAACCUAUAUAUGGACACGAGAAGCAAGCUAAAUACACAGCAGCCACAACAAAAAUAAAUCAAUAAAUAAAUAAAUAAAUAAAUAAUAAAAAGACCAAGUGCAAUACGAAAGAUUGGUUAAUCAACAACAAGCAAAAGGGCAGCUAUAUAAAAGCUAUAUACACACAUAAAUAUAUAUAUAUAUAUAUAACACUCUAUUAAAUACUGUAUACAACGUUUUACAUAUUUACAAAACAAACCAAGUUAAAUUAAAACUAAAACUACAAAUAAAAAGCAAGCGAAAUUCAAAUUCAUUCGACUGCAAAGUGCGGCCAGAUUGCGCAUACGCCUCGUAUGCCCCGCGGCAUGGUGUGUGUGCUUGUGUGUGCGUACGGUGUUAGCGAUUGCAACAACUGAUACCAAGUUGUGCAUAUAUAUAUAUAGAUAUAGAUAUAUAACUAUUUGGCCAAUCAACUGCAGCGACAUCGUCAUCGUCAAAACGUUACAAACGUCACCAAAGCUUCGCAUUUUCUCAUUAAAUAAUUAUGUAUACGCAACGUAUGUUUGACAUGUGGAGCAGCGUCACUUCGAAACUGGAAGCACACGCAAACAACCUCGGUCAAAGCAACGUCCAAUCGCCAGCGGGACAAAAUAACUCCAGCGGUUCCAUUAAAGCUCAAAUCGAGAUAAUUCCAUGCAAAGUCUGCGGCGACAAGUCAUCGGGCGUGCACUACGGCGUUAUCACCUGCGAGGGCUGUAAAGGAUUCUUCCGGCGCUCGCAGAGCUCCGUGGUGAAUUACCAGUGUCCUCGGAACAAGCAAUGUGUGGUGGAUCGCGUUAAUCGCAAUCGCUGUCAAUACUGUAGACUGCAAAAGUGCCUAAAAUUGGGAAUGAGUCGUGAUGCUGUAAAAUUCGGCAGGAUGUCCAAGAAGCAACGCGAGAAGGUCGAGGAUGAGGUGCGUUUCCAUCGGGCCCAGAUGAGGGCCCAAAGUGAUGCGGCACCCGAUAGCUCCGUAUAUGAUACACAGACGCCCUCGAGCAGCGAUCAGCUGCAUCACAACAACUACAACAGCUACAGCGGCGGCUAUUCGAGCAACGAGGUGGGCUACGGCAGUCCCUACGGCUACUCGGCCUCCGUGACGCCCCAGCAGACCAUGCAGUACGACAUCUCAGCGGACUAUGUGGAUAGCACCACCUAUGAGCCGCGGAGUACAAUAAUUGAUCCCGAAUUUAUUAGUCACGCGGAUGGCGAUAUCAAUGAUGUGCUGAUCAAAACGCUGGCGGAGGCGCAUGCCAACACAAAUACCAAACUGGAAGCUGUGCACGACAUGUUCCGAAAGCAGCCGGAUGUGUCACGCAUUCUCUACUACAAGAAUCUGGGCCAGGAGGAACUCUGGCUGGACUGCGCCGAGAAGCUUACACAAAUGAUACAGAACAUAAUUGAAUUUGCUAAGCUAAUACCGGGAUUCAUGCGCCUCAGUCAGGACGAUCAGAUAUUACUGCUAAAGACGGGCUCGUUUGAGCUGGCGAUUGUUCGCAUGUCCAGACUGCUAGAUCUCUCCCAGAACGCGGUACUCUAUGGCGAUGUAAUGCUGCCCCAGGAAGCGUUCUAUACAUCCGAUUCGGAGGAAAUGCGCCUGGUAUCGCGCAUUUUCCAAACGGCCAAGUCGAUAGCCGAACUUAAACUGACUGAAACCGAACUGGCGCUGUAUCAGAGCUUAGUCUUGCUCUGGCCAGAACGCAAUGGAGUGCGUGGAAAUACGGAAAUACAGAGGCUUUUCAAUCUGAGCAUGAAUGCGAUUCGGCAGGAGCUGGAAACGAAUCAUGCGCCGCUCAAGGGCGAUGUCACCGUGCUGGACACACUGCUGAAUAAUAUACCCAAUUUCCGCGACAUUUCCAUCUUGCACAUGGAGGCGCUGAGCAAGUUUAAGCAACAGCAUCCGAAUGUCGUCUUUCCGGCGCUGUACAAGGAGCUGUUCUCGAUAGAUUCGCAGCAGGACCUGACAUAACAAGAGCAGCAACAGCAACCGUUCCUGGAGACGACCGCGGAUGAGGUUGCCGAGGAUGCGGCUGCCACAAUAUGUGCCCUGCCCCUGGUGGCGUCACCCGCUGCACCCCCGCAGCAGACACAGCAGCAGCAGCAGCAGCAGCAGCAGCAGCAACUGCUCGAGGACUGAGGGAUUAAGGAUGGGAAAAAGGAUGGAAAGCGGUGGCAGCAACAAUAAUUAUUUGAGUAACCACUGCGCGGAUACAAGAACUUUAUCAUGAUUUAAGCUAGCAUACAACCAAGGAUGUGAUCCUCGCCAAGGACUCACUUAAAACACACACAGAACUCUUAUAUAUACAUAUAUAUAUAUUUGAGAUAGCAAAGGGAUGGGAAAAUAUUUCAAAAAUAUUGUUAACUCAGUUAAGACUUUUUUGCUUCGUAGAGAAAAAAAUGAAAAACACAGAAACCGUAACCGUAACCGAAACCGAUUGCAUUUCGAGCAAAGGGCAUCAAAACUCUGAUUUACGAAGUUAUACUAUGUAUAUGUACGAUACGUAACCUUUGACUUCUCAUAUCCAGAUCCCGAGCAGAAGAUUAACCAUGUAUAUCCCCAAGGCCCCUGACUAAGUACUUAAAAAGCGAACCCAUUGCCCAGAUAUACACAACAAAAGUUAUAUAUCCUAAAAUCAGUUUUCCCCCUUUCGGUUAGUUCUCUGUAAUUCCCCUUAAACCGAUAUAUAUGUAUAUAUCGAUAUCGAUAUCCCAAUUCCGGUUCCGAUUCCGAUCCCGCCUAGGUUGUCUUUGCCUUAUGUUGUAACUAAAGUAUAUUGUGUAUUUUAUAUACAGGAGUUGUAUGUAUAACUAUGUCUUAUAUAUAUAUAUAUAUAUAUGUAUAUCGGUUUUUUAAUGCCUAACAAAAAAUCAAUUAUUUCAUUGUAAACAACAACAACUAAAUCGAAUAUCUCGGAAAAUGUGUUCUUAUAAUUAUAUUGAUUAAUGCAAUUACAAUAUAUAUUUACAAUUUACGUUACGUUACGUUUUUACAUUUAACAUAAGAUGACGAAAAACAGAAUGAUUAAGUAAAGCUAAACAUAAAACGAUAAUGAUGAUGAUGAUAAGGAUGAGGAGAGAAGGAAGGAGAAGAUGAAUAGGAGUUAAAAACGUGAGCGAGAAGAUGGUAAUUUCAAGCAAGCACAUAAAAGUAUGCAAUAUUUUUGUUUAAAAACAAUUCUUUAUUAGUUUCUUAUUAUAUAUAUAUAAAAAAAUAUAUAUAAACAAUAAUUAAUUACGUACAUAAACACACACGUAUAUCUAGGGCUCUAUAUAUUAAAGCAUGAUAGACAAAUCCCAAUCCGGUUCCAAGGUUUAGUAAAAAAACAUACAAGAAAAUAAAGAAAUGAAAUAAAACGUAAAAAAAACACACAAAAAACAAAACAUUUUUGAUAUGAAAUCCUACGCAUAAUUACGAGAAAAAACGUUUAUUGUUUCUAAGAUUACAACUUAAAUGAACAACAAAUAAAUAAAGAAAACCAAAACAGACUGACGGACAGAAACCGACAGCAUGCCGCCCUCCCUUAAAGCCCUCUCCAAAUCCCCCUCAAAAACCCUCAUUUCCCUCAUUUUCCAAGCAGAAAUCUUGAAAGAAAAUAUAUUAAUUGAUGAGAAAAUUCAAAAA